AUGCCCCCAAAGCUGUUAAGCACGACUAUCAGGGAAAUCUUCCUUCGUGAACUCAUUUCUAACGCAAACGACGCUCUCGAGAAGUUGAGAAUCACGUCUUUGAAGGACAAGUCGGUAUGGAACGGCUCCGACCUCAAUAUCACCAUCAAGGCAAUUCCAGAAGAAGAUGGCAAGGGCGGGCAGCUGAUUAUCACCGACACGGGUAUUGGAAUGUCUCCCGAGGAGUUGGCGACCAACCUGGGCACCCUGGCGAAAUCCGGUACUUCAGACUUCGUCAAGAAGGUCGAAGGCGACAACGCAGGUGGUGCAAACGGCAACCUUAUCGGUGCAUUCGGUCUCGGUUUUUAUAGCAGUUUCUUGGUUGCGGAUCGCGUCGAGGUCGCCUCCAUCCCACCCAAGGUGAAGGACGGUCAACCCGCACAAUACGUCUUCGCCUCUUCCGCCGAUGAAAGUUCGUUCGAAAUAUACCCCGACCCUCGAGGAAAUACCCUCGGCCGCGGAACUGAGAUCAGACUCUUCUUGAAGCCCGACUCCCUUGAAUACCUCGACACUCAGAAGCUCGCUCAGCUCAUUCACAAGCACUCCGCAUUCUCUUCCUCCUUCCCUCUUUACCUCUGGGAGACAAAGACUCGUGAAGUCGUCGACGAAGAAAAAAAGGCUGAAAUCGAGGCCAGCAAGAGUGCAGAGGCCGCCAAGGCAUCCGAGACUGCUGCAGACGAAGCUGAGAAGGACGAGGACGAGGCUGUUAUCGAGGACGUGGAUGAAGAGCAACAGAAACCACUCGUCGAUGAUACCCCCACUCCCAUGAAGAACGUUACGACUGAGGAAUGGACCCAUAUCAAUUCCCAACCACCUCUCUGGACUAGGGACCCCAAGAACAUCACUGACUGGGAGUACACCUUGUUCUACACCGGCUUCUUUAAGGAUUUCGGCAAGCCCCUCGCCUGGACUCAUUUUUCUGGCGACUCUAGCGACGGCGUACCCUUCAAGGCCAUCAUUUUCAUCCCGGAGAGACUCCCCGAUGAAUAUUGGCAAAAACCAUUGGAAUGGAAGCAACAGGAUGUUAAGCUCCUUGUGAAGCGAACAUUCAUCACCUCAGACCUCGGUGAAAAUUCUCUUCCUAAGUGGGCUAACUGGGUCAAGGUCGUCAUUGACGCCGAGGAUCUUCCUCUCAACGUGUCUCGUGAAACUUUGCAAUCGAACCGCUUCCUAAAACAGAUGCGCACUACCAUUCUUAAGCGUCUGAUUCAGCUCUUUGCCAAACUCGAGAAGGAAGAGCCUCGCAAGUGGGAGAAAUUCCAGAAGACCUAUGGUUCCGUCAUUAAGCUGGGAGCCGUUGAAGACGCGAAGCACCGGGACAAGUUGGCAGCUCUCACUCGAUUCACCACCAACCAACGGAAUGACACAUCGUACGACCAGUACGUUGCCAAUAUGAGGAAGGGUCAAGAUCAGAUCUUCUAUCUCGCGGAGAUGGGCAAAACCCCUGAGGAACUUGCUGAGAGCAUCUUCGCGGAGAAGCUCAUUGCCCGUGGAUACGAGGUUUUGCUCCUCACUGAACCUCUGGACGAAAUUCUUUUCGGAACGCUUCGUCAAUGGAAGGGACAUCUAUUCCAGGACGCAGCAAAGGCUGGUCUCAAGUUCGGAGACGAAGAUCCGGAAGAAGAAGCCAAACGCGAGGCUGAGCUCAAAGAGAAGUUCCAGCCAUUGAUUGAUUGGUUGAAGCUUGAGGCCACGGAUAUCGUCAAGGAUGUCGUCCUCUCGAACCGAUUGGUCACAAGCCCAUGCGCGAUCGUUGCGGAGAACUAUGGCUACACAGCCAACGUUCAAAAGAUGAUGAGCUCUUCGAACCACAAACGGGGUGAUAUUCUCCACGAAUUUGCCAUGAAGGCCAAGUUGCUCGAGAUAAACCCACAUUCCCCCUUGGUCGAAGGUCUACUCCGCCGCGUCAAUGACUUGCCUACUGAUGAGGACGAGAGGGACGAAGAAGCCGAGACUGAGCUCAAGGAAAUCGCGUCAAUCCUCAUUGAUGGUGCUCUUGUCCGCUCGGGCUUCGAGGUCGUGAACAAGAACACAUUCUUUAACCGAGUUGACCGGGUGUUGCGUCGGUCGUUGGGCGUUUCCGAGGCUGCCAGCCCUGACGUUGUUGUCGAACCAGCCCCUCCCGUUGCCACCGAUGUUCCCGAAGAAGCGAAGGUGGAGGAGGAAGAUGACAAGCCUCGGGUCAUUCUGCCUGACCAUCUCAAGGACAAGGUGUCCAUUGAGAUGGAGGAAAUUGACGAUGAUGACCCCAUACACGACGAGCUCUAG